AUGAACAAAUUUCUUCAAAAACUAGGUGUUUCGAAUAAAUGGGGCAUAGUUGACGUGAUGGGGUUGGAACCUGAUAUGCUGUCUUGGGUACCAAAACCAGUGGUAGCCGUUACUUUUCUUUUCCCAAUUUCUGAAGCUUACGAGCAACAUAAACAACAAGAAGAAAGUGAUGUUUUAUCCAAAGGUCAAGAAGUUUCAAGCAAUCUUUUUUAUAUGAAACAAAAUAUAAGCAAUGCAUGUGGAACUAUUGCACUUGUCCAUGGAGUUGCUAACAAUUCUGAUAAAAUCGAGUUAUCUGAUGGACCUUUAAAAAAAUUCUUGGAUGAUGCCAAAGAAUUAGAUGCCACAGCUAGGGGAAAAUUAUUGGAAAAUUGUAAGGACAUUAUUAAUGCUCAUAAGGAACUGGCCCAGGAAGGUCAAACAAAUACUCCCAGUGCAGAAGAUCCUGUCAAUCAUCACUUUAUAACUUUUGUGCACAAAGAUGGAGUCUUGUAUGAAUUGGAUGGACGUAAGGCUUUUCCAAUAAAUCAUGGUCCUACUACACCAGAUUCUCUUUUGGAAGAUGCAGCAAAAAUUUGUAAAGAAUUUAUGGGGCGUGAUCCUGAUGAAGUUCGUUUCACAGUAGUAGCUUUAGCUACAGCUGAU